CAAUACAGCAACAGUACACCAAAUCUUCUCGCAAGUCCAAGAUCAAAGCACCACCAGCGGCUUCAGUUCAUCACCAGAGUGGGUCCCUCCAGAGUCCAGCACAGCAACAGCACGCCAAAGCUCCUCGCAAGUCCAAGACCAAGGUACUACAAACUCCCAGCUCGUCAGCAGGAAGCAGCCCAAGGUACACACUACCUAUUCCUGCAUCCCGUCAUCCGGGGAACAAAGAGACAUCAUCAUCUGCUUCAACCACUUCAAACGACUCGGACAUAACUGCACCACCUAGAGGACUCUUCUCUGAUCAGAAAUUCCUCCUUUUCAGACUGGUGAGGACAUUGAAAACUACCUAAUGCGCUUUGAACGCAUCGCCAAAACAUAUAAAUGGCCAAAAAAAAAAAGAGUGGGCAUGUCGUCUGGUCCCACUACUUUCGGGUAAAACUCUAGAAGCCUACACAGCCAUGGAUGAAGACCGAGCCCACUGCUAUAAAGACUUGAGAGCAGCACUGUUGGCUAAGUUCGACAUUUCGCCUGAGACUUAUCGGCAGCAGUUCCGCUCAACAACUGUGCCACAUGAUGAGAACCUGACCGAAACCUAUCAUCGCCUGAAGUCUCUCUAUUGACGUUGGAUCCAGCCGGAACGUCACACCAAGGACCAUAUCGGGGAGGCCAUCAUCUUGGAGCAGCUCCUGCGGGUGUUGCCACCUGAUGUAAGAACCUGGGUGAAGGAGCACGAGCCGGCAGAGGGGAUCACCGCAGCAAGGUUGGCUGUCCAGUACCUCAACGCCAGGAGAGGAGCAGCUUCACACCCAACAGGUGCAGCGCAUCGACCAGCCCAGCUGUUUCAGCAAAGAGGUUCGAGGAGGGAGAACGCUCCAGACCCUCCAGGUACCGUCAACACUGCAGCAGGCCAGCGAUCAUCUGGUAAGGACAUUGUUUGCUUCUAUUGUCAGCAAGCGGGACACAAAGCUUCAGUAUGCCCCAUUCGAAAAUCAGAGGUCACAGGUGCAUGUUAUCCACCUAGACCUGAGAAUGAGCACACUGAGAAUACAGAUUUUGCAGUUCAGAAACAUGUGGACGUGACUGUUAAUGGACAACCAAUCACAGCCAU